AUGAUUGAAGAAGCGGGCAGAUUGAUCGACGGUAAAGUUCUGGGCGAUGAGAGCGUCUCACCGGUGGAGAUCUCAUUUUCUGCGUCUGUAUUCGAGCGAUCGAAAUUUCUUAACAAUCUCAGUAUUGGUUUAGACAUCAGCUCAACGAACAUUAACGGAAGCAGGCGUACCGUGCUCGAUCAUGCUUUAAAUCAGCACAAUGCAGUUAUGUUCGGCGUUCAAAUGGAUGAACAUGGCGCAUUAGUUGUUAGCAACGGGGAGUUAACUCAACAAACAGAAGACGAGUCUCGCGGUAAAACGCUUCUUCUCAAUGAGACGAUGGAAGCAUGCAGGAGUAAACAUGCUAGAGUUGUGAUCAAUGUACUACAUUACAACUCGGAUCUCUUGAAUGAAGUCAUUAGCUACGUGAGAAAAUAUGAUCUUCUCUCUGAUGUCGUUGUUACCAGCUUCAACCCGCUUGUUCCGCUCUCCAUCAAGAAGAAAGAGUCACGGAUUUUGACAGGUUUGCGUAUUGGCUGUUGGUAA